UCCUGGGACCGGAAGUGCGUGGGCUGCCGCACUGGCUCUUCUUGGGGUUUUCUGGAAACAAGGAAGUGAUGGUGAUAGUUGGAAUCUAAGCACUCUUGAGACGGCCUCCGGGUGCCCUGUGAGAGGAAAGGGGAGGUAAGCGGGGUAGAAGUUCCUCCGUGGGCCGGGCCAGACUCGGUGUUUUCGGGUUAGCCUAGUAGAGUAAGUCUCGUGCUCCCCUACCGAAACAGCUGCCGCCUCUCAGCUGAAUCCCGUUACUCCCAUGUAAGGCUACGUUGCUCUUUUUGGGACCUCGGAGUGCCAGGCUUCUUGGCCUGCAAAGUGGGCAAGUGGCAGCACCAUGUUUUCGGACCCAGUGUGAACUAAUUCAUGAUCACUGAACUUGAGCUUGCCGUGAAGCCACGUCGUAAGACUCUGGAAAAGUGCUCCCUUUCCCCGAAUAAGAGAAUAAAGUUCCUUUAGGAGGAAUUGCUUCUAUGGGCCAGUGUGAAAAAGGUAACCUUCCUGGACUGUUUUGGUUUAGGGGUUCCUUUGUCACUACAAACACUCCACCUUGUUGCAGAAGAAGCCCAAGCAGUAAAACAGGUCGUAGGAUGCCACUGGAAUCAUCUUCCUCCUUGAUGCAGUUAUCCUUCCCUUCUUUAUCUUCAGUACCAGGCAAUACUACCAACUCUUCUCCUCCCCCAAUGUCUUACAUCACUUCCCAGGAGAUGAAGUGUAUUCUUCACUGGUUUGCCAGUUGGUCAGUUCCCCAGCGGGAACGUUUCCUACAGGAUCUGGUAGCUAAGGCAGUGCCAGGAAAAUUACAGCCACUGUUGGAAGGUCUGGAGCAGCUCAGUGUGUCUGGAGCAAACAGACCACCUUGUAUCUUUGAGUGCCAGCUACAUCUUUGGGAUCAGUGGUUUCGAGGUUGGGCUGAGCAGGAACGCAAUGAAUUUGUCAGGCAGCUGGAGGUCAGUGAACCAGACUUUGUGGCAAAGUUUUACCAAGCAGUGGCUGCUACAGCUGGUAAAGACUGAUUGGCAUUAAAAUCAAAGAAGAUAAUGGUAGGUAAUGGAGCCAAGGCCACAAUUUUACAGUAAGAACUUCAAACAUGUCACUUGAAAGGCUGGGGAUAGUAUUCUGAUCAACUGACUGAACUCACAAGCACAGGUCUGGUUAUUUCCUUGUUAACAGCGUAUCAGCUGGACUCCUACUGUAAAUAAUUUCCGUCUAAGUAAAUCCAGAUCAGCAGUCUGCUGUCUAGUUUGCUUCUUUCUGGGAGAUGUCAAAACCUCAAGAACUUAAUGGCUUGUCUUGCACAGGAACCUACACGUUAUAUCUGAAGCCUACCGGUGGCCCAUGGGGGUAUUAAGUAUAUCCCUCCCACUCCAGAAACGAGAAGGGCAAUAAAAUGUCAUGUUUUUGUAAUUCA